AUGAGUCAAGAAAUAAACACAGGGCUGCCAGGACAGCAGCAGCCCGGGAUACAUGACGGUGGAGUGCAGCAGCAGCAGCAGCAGAUCGCAGCGGCAGCGUUGCUGCAGCAGCAUCCAGAUCGAAUGCAACAGCAGCCACCGCCGCAUCAUACUGUUGCCAGUGUCCCUGCCGCAACCCUGUCCCCCACAGAUGAUCCACUGCCGCAGCUGCAUGCUCUACAGCAGCAGCAAGCGCUGCAGCAGCAGCAAGUGUUGCAGCAGCAGCAGCAACAGCUGCCACAGCAUUUGUCUUCUCUUCAGGAGGUGUUACAGCAUUCCACGGAGCCGCUGCAGUGGGCAGAGGCGCAGCAGCGGCAGCAGCAGCAACAUCAGCUCCUGCUGCAGCAUCAACAGCAGUUACAACAACGGCAGCUACAGCAGCAGCUUCAACAGCAAGUUUUGCAGAGUGCUCCAGUACAGGGCAUGCAUGUCGUGGUGAAUCCCACAGAACGAGGCCUUCAUCUGCAGCAGCAGUUACUGCUGCAGCCGGCCACGAGCUUGCAGCCACAGCACUCGCAGCCUCAGCUGCAGCAGCCGCAGCAGGUUCCACUGCAGCCGCAUCAAAUUCCGCUGCAGGAACAUCUCCCGCUGCAGCAGCUGGCUCCAUUGGUGGCACCACUGCAGCAGCAACGCAACGUGCGCUCAGCCCUGCGGGAUCGGCAAGAGCAGGAGCAGCAGCGACGGCAGCACCUGCAGCAGCAGCAGCUGCUGCUGCUGCAGCACCAGGAUGCCCGCAUGCGACUGCAGCAGCAGCAAAUGUCCCAAAGCCCUGCAGAAGCAGCUCCAGGAACCUUUACGUCAGAGCCUACUCCUUUCCGCCGCGCCUCCUACGCGCCAGGCCUUGGCUGCCGCAGCAUGAGCGGCAGCAGCAGCAAUUUCCCAAGCAUAGACUACCCGCUAUCGCCAGCCAGCAGCCGCAUUAUUAACAACAAUAGAAGCAGCAGCAGCAGCAGCAGCUCCGCCGAGAGGCCUACGGGCAGGAGCGUCGCCUCAGAGAUGAGAGAGUGGAGAGCAAGAGCUACGAACAACGCCCCGGGGCAGCAGAUUCAACAGCAGGAACUGCAGCAGGAGGAAAAGCAGCAGCAGGGACAGCAGCAGCAGCAGCAGCUUCCGCAGCAACGACGUGACGCAGAGCAGCAGACACUUUCUCCACUGCAGGAGCAGCAGAACCAGCAGCCUCUGCAGCCAGCGCAGCUUCAGCAGCCCCUGCAGCAGCAGGCGCAGCCACACCAGCAGCCAGGCCAGCAGCAGCACCCGCUGGCAGUGCAGCAGGAGGAGCAGCCAGUUUCUGUGCAGCAGCCUAUUCUGGCCAGUCCACUGCAGCAAACGAGUGAUGUGCACCAGCUGCACGCUGCACCGCUGCAGCAGCAGCAGACGCUUCCACUUCAGCAGCAACAGACAGCUGCGCUGCAGCAGGAGCAACAGGCUGCUUCACUGCAGCAGCAGCAACUUCCGCAACAACAUCCGCUGGUGCCCCCAGUACAGGGACAACAGCAACCAGUCUCAGUGCCGCAGGACCAGCAAACAUUCCCACAGCAGCGACAGCAGGUUCUUCCGCAGCAGCAAGAACAGCAGACAGUGCCAUUGCAGUGGCAGCAGCAGCUACCACUCCAGCAGCAGCCCGUACCAGGGCAGCAGCAGAAUUUGCUUCCACUGCAGCAUCAAGCUUCACUCCCGCUGCAGCAGCAACAGCCCCUCCCCCAGCAGCAACAACAAACGUUUCCGCUGGAGCAGGGGCAGCAUCCACCGCCACUGGAGGAAGAACAGCAACGUCCUCCACUGCAGCAGCAACAAACACACCAACUGCAGCAGCAACAAACACACCAACCGCAGCAACAACAGCCACUUCCAUUGCAAAGACACCAGACACUCCAGAUGCAGCACGAGCAGCAGACUCUGCCUCUACAGGAACAGCAAGCAUUUCCACUGCAGCAUCAGCAGACAGCUCCCAUGCAGCAGCAUCCACUCACACUGCAGCAGCAGCAGACGCACCCACAGCAGCAGCACCAGCAAAUGCUUCCACUGCAACAGCAAACACAGCCACUGCCACUGCAGCAGCAACCAGCUCAAGCGCUGCAGCACCAGCAGACGCUCCCGAUACAGCAGCAGCAAGCCCGCGUGCUGCAGGAUCAGCAGCAGCAACAACAUCAGCCACUCCCACAACAGCAGCAGCAACAACAUCAGCCACUCCCACAACAGCAGCAGCAACCACUCCCUGUGCAGCCGGCCUUUCAGGAGACAGCCCCGCUGCAGCAGCCAUAUCAUCUGCCUCCCGCCAUCACACAGGCAGUCCAAGGCCAGCAAGAGCCGCUCGUUGGGCUUUUGCAGCAACAGCAGCAGCAGCAUCUACAGCAGCAGCAGCAAGAGCAGCAACAGCAGCAGCAACAGCAGCAGCAACAGCAGCAGCAACAGCAGCAGCAACAGCAACCACCAUCUGCACAUGGAGGCAUACUGUUUUCCCCCCCACAUGCGGCCGACCCGUUGAGGUGGCUCGUGGGUCCUUCCAGUGUGCCUGUCCUUCGCAGUGAUGCUGUUCUGGGUGGUGGGGUCGGCAGCAGCAGCAGCAGCAGCAAUAGUAGCAGCAACAGUGGCAGCAACUUUGCUAGCGGCCGCAGGGGCUCAGGAGAACUCGGCAGCAGAGGAUCUCUCGACGGUUCUUCGGCUUUUUUCGGCGCGGGAGUACUUGAGGCAGCAGCAGCAGCAGCAGAUGAGUUGGAUGCCGCAGCAGCAUCAGCAGCAGCAGCAGCAGCAGCAGAAAACAUCCGAAACCGCACCUGCACAGAUAACGCUGGAAACAUCCAGAACAUUGGUGCGAGGCACCUUAACAGCAGCAACAUUUCGUUGGCGCAGCAAAUGCCAGCAGCAGCUGGUGCAGCAGAGUUAGGGCGGACGUGGGGUAAUAUACCUUCACCUGACAGUGUUCCUCUUGGGCUCAUCCCGCAGCAGCAGCAGCAGCAACUGCAGGAGCAGCAGCUGCUGGCGCAGCAGAAGCCGCAUGUGGCGCCCAAGAUACUUGAUCGAGGCCCUUCUGUAGCCAUUAUGCCAGUAGAGUUGGGGUCAGUGGCAGAGGCAGAAGCAACAGAGGCAGCAGCAGCGGCGGCAGCAGCAGCUGCAGCUGCUAAAGUUCAGCAGCAAGUUCAGCAACAGAAGGACCAAGAGCUACAGCAGCAGCAACUGUGGCUGCAGCAGCAGCAGCUUCAGCUCGCAGCAGCAGCGCAGAAGCAACAAGCCGCAGGGAUCACUCCUGCUGCGCCUCUCCCCCAUACGCUGCAGCAAAGAGCCACAGCUGCGAGUCAGCUGCAAGCCCCAAUUGGGGGUUUAGCGCCAGCAGCAGCUCCAGCAGCAGCACUAGCAGCAUUUCCUGAGCUGAAUCCUGCCUUGCCGUCUGGAAGUCUCCCCUUCAUGCAGCCACAGGAGGCGCUCUUGCAACACCAGCAGCAGCAGCAGCAGCGGCAGCAGCAGCCGCUGCUAGUGAACGCGCAAGCCCUUCGCCAGCCGGUACUGCAGCAGCAACCCGACGAAGUAGUGCAACUUCAGCAACAGCAGCAGCAGCAGCGUGAAGGGCAACAGUUACUGGAGCAACACAAAUGGGGGCAACAUCCACAAGCGCUGCAGCAGCAACAUCAACAGGAGCACCUGCAGCAGCACGUGCACCAGGGGCGGCAAGAGCAGCACGAGCUGCAGCAACACCACGUGCAGCCGCAGCAGCAGCAGCACGCACAUAUCUCUCAGUCAGCACAACUGCAGGAACAUGUGCGAGACGAGCAGCAACGGCAGCAACAGGCACGGCUUCAGCAGGAACUGCCACGGCAACAGACGCUCCAGCAGCAGCUGCUGCAGCAAAUGCAGGAGCAACAUCAGCUGGAGCAGCAGCAAAUGCAGCAGCUUCACCUGGAACAUCAGUGCGCGCUGCACAGGCAUAUGCAACAGCAUGCGCAGCAGCAACUACUGCAGCAUGUAGAAUUCCCUCCGCGGCAGCAGCAGCCACAGCAAGCGUCUCAGGUAGAGCAACAGCUUCUUCUGCAGCAGCAAAAUCCCAUUGCUUCUGAUGCACCUUUCGCUCGUGAUCCACUGCAGCAGCUCACCCCCACCACUUCUGCUGCUUCUGGUACAUCUGCCCCUUCUGUUGCUUCUGUUGCUUCUACUGCUCAGUAUCAGCAACAGCUUGCAAUGCAUCAAGCACUGGCGGCCGCGCAGCAGGAGCGCCAGCGCCAGUCCCAACUGCAACACGAAGUGGCCAUCCUGCAACAACAGCAGCAGCAGCAGCAGCAGCAGCAAGCUGCCGCUGCUGCUGCUGUGCUGUCCCAGGCCACCCUUGCCGAGGAAGCAACGCGGACGCUGCAGCAGCCUCAGUUAGUGGCGCGAAACAACUUUAGUGGUCCUAUGCGUCAGGUGCACUUUGAGAGCGGAGCACUGCAGCAACAACAGCAGCAGCAGCUGCAGCAGCAACUGCGGCAACAGCAGCAGCAACAGCAGUAUGAACUUCCACAUUUGCAAGUGGCGGCCGACAAGUGGCUGCAGAUGAGAUUGCAGGGCUCUCAGGAGCCCUUUGACGUAUUCUUGCAAAAGCAUGCUGCAGAGGUAGCGGCAACAGCAGCGGGUGCUGCUGCUGCGGGGAACGCAGCAGCAGCAACAAUGGCAGCAGCGGGAGCAUCGGCUGCGUCGACUGCAGCAGCAGCAGCGGCGGCUGCUUACGCUGCAGGGCAAAUGGGCAUAACGCCCUCCUUAUCUGGGAGCGUCUUGCCUAGUGAAGGUCAUGUCCCGUCAUUGGGCGCGAACAGCAGCAACGGCAGCAUGAGCAACCACAGCAUCAGCAACCCGAGUCGCAGCAGCAGCACCGUGAACUGGGCUACGAGCGAGCACCCCAGCUUCCUUCUGGAGAAGCCUGAAUGGCAGCCUUUGGUGGACGCCGAGGAGGAGAGCGUGGCGAGCAGCAGCAGCCAGAGCGGCGGAAGCAGCAGCAGCAGCAGCAGCAGCAGCAGCAGCCGCAGCAGCCGCAGCAGCCGCAGCAGCAGCCGCAGCAGCUCGGGGAGCAGCAGCGG